GUUUCAGAAACGGUCCUCUUCCUGUUGUAAAUUGUAAACAUUUCGCUUGGGUUGUAGUCUGACAGUUAUUUCAAAGUCCCACUUUCUCAACAUAUUAUCCAGUAUCAUGAAGAAGUUUCUGGAUGAAAUCAAAAAGGAUAUAAAAUUCAAAACAUCGGGUCCAGGGAAGAAACUCACAGACGACACAAGAUCUAAACCUGAGGUCUCAAAGUCCACUGCCCAUGGCCCAACCAGAAAAGCUCCUACUGAAGGUGCACAGAUGGCAGGGGCCGCCGCCCUGGCCCGGAUCGAGCAACAGCAUCGCCCCAAAGUCCCAACAUCACAGGAUGCCAUAAGAAACCAGGUGAAGCGGGAACUUGAAGCAGAGGCGGCCGCCACAGCAGUCAGUCAGAAGAACGUAGAAUUGGAGGGCUCCAGUGUUCCCCACAAGGAUCCAUCUUGUUUCUCAGUGUCGGGAGUGUAUUUUAUUUGUCCCCUUACUGGAGAAACCUUAACAAAGUCUGAAAGAGAGCUGCACAUUAAGGAGGCCAUUCUGAUGAGGUUUUCUGAGGAUGCGUUGGAGGCCUCCAUUAUGAUGAUUCACACUUUUAAUAAAGACAAAGAAAAAGUCCAAACUGCCGUGGAUAUUAUCAGCAAGUAUGUGGACAACAUCUGUAAGAAUCCAACAGAGGAGAAGUAUCGGAAGAUCAAACUCAGCAACAAAGUGUUUCAGGAGAAGGUCAGCAGAGUCGAUGGAACUCGGGAGUACCUGCAGGCACUGGGGUUUGAAAGCACCAUGCUGCCAGUCGAAGGCGAAGAUAAUCCUGAGGAGUACCUAGUGUUGCCGCCACAGGAAUCAGAGGCCCUGGAUCAGAUGAAGGUUAAUCUGGAGUGUCUGCAGAAGGGGGAGCCAAUCAGAGCAAAGCUGGACCGUCAGCCGCAAGUCUUCAGACCAUCUCAGCACGCCAUGCAUUUCGAGCUGCCCCCUGACUUUUACAAUCUGACACCAGAGGAACUGAAGAAAGAACAGCAACUAAAAAGCGAAGUCGUGGAGAGAAACGCAAUGCUGAGAACGAAAGCCAUGCGUGAAAAAGACGAGCAAAGAGAGAGAAGAAAGUACAACUACGCCCUUUUGAGAGUUCGGCUACCGGAUGAAAAUAUACUCCAGGGCACUUUCCUGGCGUGGGAGAAGGUGGCAGCAUUGUACCAGUUUGUGCGUGAUUCGCUGGAGAACGACUGGCAACCCUUUGAAUUGUUGGCGCCUGGAGGACAUAAACUAAUGGAUGAUGAGUCUUCGGCACUAAAUGAAAAUAAUCUGGCCCCAGCAGCUCUGCUGACCUUCUCGUGGGAUGCCGCAGUGCAGGCAGAUAUCGCCGCUGCAGGAGGGAAGACUACUGAUGUGCUUAAACCAGCAUUAUUGAAGAACAUCAAAACCCUGAGCUGAACAUUUGGUCCCGUUUCUCUCUGAUCACCAUUAUCCCCGCACCUAGCAAGUUGCCGUCCCAUCAUUCAUCCACUGCAGGAGUUAAUAAUUUGAAUCCCGAAAACUGUUUCACAAGACAAGACUGAUAUGUUGGUUGUAUCCACAGCAUGAAUUAGAUGGAAUCAAAUGAUUAAACUGUGGAUUCAGUAGUGUUUGGGAGUGCUGGCCCAUUAAGGAUCAUGUCUAAAUCACAUGUACAAUGCAUUGUUGCUCUAUGACUGGUCAUAAUAGUGGAGUGGGAUACUGUUGUAAGACUCAGUUUGGCCGGUUGCAAAAAGCACCUUAAGUGUAAAUUUCCUUUAAACUUAAGGGUGUUGCAGAAAAAAAUCCCUUAAAAAUUUUCUGUUGCGUCUCCAUGGCAACAAUAGUAUUUUUAUAACCGCAAACCUGGGUCGCCGUUGUGAAACACUUAACGAUUACCCUUACCUAAGAGAAGGGAUUAUACUGUAUUCAACACCAUUAAAUUAUUAUCUUUGGUAAGGGGAAUUUACUGGACACUUCACCCGUUUGCAUUAAGCUUUGUAUAGUUAAAACCUCAGUCAUGUUUUUGAAUGGUCGUUCAUCAUUUCCUCAGUUGACGCUGAGACAGGAAAAAUACAGAUUUCAGUGUUGCACUUCCUUCUUUCAAUGAUGUAAAAUCAUCAUUUUGCAUCAUUGAAAGCAGGAAGUCUAAUAUCGUUGUUGAGGGGGUGAGACUACAAACACCUCUUUUCUCGGUCAAACAGGCACCAAAUUCGAAAUGUAUGUUACAUUUCGACUACAAAUAUGACACACUUUCAAUAAAGAUUAAUGUCUCUACGGGUGAAAUGCUCCUUUAAGGAAAAACUUAAGGUGCUUUAUGCAACUGGGCCUGAGUCUAUGGUGCACUGGUCAGGUUUUCUUGGGUAAAACUAUUAAAAUGUGUUGAAUUACAAGCACCUUUUAGCUUUUUAGUUGAGAAAAUAUAUUACGAAGUUUAAUGUACCAUAAAAUCUUUAUUCUGAAAGCAGAAAUGAUGUUUAAAAGGUAUUUUGUUUAAUAAUGAGCACUACCCAUGUUGAAGUUUGUGUUGUAUUAUUUUGCUUGUUCGCUUAAGAAAAAUUAAGGCUUACAUCAGGGGUGCUGGAAGUUUCACAGGAUUGUAACACAAAAUUUGUUUCAUUUAUAUUUAUUUAUUCAUUCAGAGUAUCGGUUUAGACCUUACUUUAUCCGGACCUGUGACCUAACGGUUACGGCCGUGCACACAGCACACCCAAUCUAAAAUACCUUCCUGCACCCCUAGCUCACAUGAAUGUUAUAUUGCAAUUUGAAUUAAACAAAAACUCUAGUCUUUAACAACAAUCUACCUCCUAACACACAUUCACAUUUCCUCCUUUCUGUUUUGCAAGAAUAUGCCACAAUUUAAAUUGGCUUGUAUAACUCUGUUGGUGCACAAUAUAACAUUGACUAGCUUCUUUAUUAAACGGUUGAAAAAUG